UUUCUUUAUUGAAUAAUUUAUGAGUAUAUAUAGUUGCAGUAAUCUCUAUAAUUGACAACUUUUCUUCCUUAUAAUCCUCAGGUGUUUUAUUGGCUCUCUCUUCACUCUGCUGGUUCAUAUUUUGGCCGUUCUCAGUAGAAAUUAAUUCUACCAAAUUGUGGUUUACUACAGCAAAUAACUAUAUUACCAUUUUAAUAUUCUGCCAUGAAUUGCGAAAGUUUACAGGAUUCCUAGGCCUCUAGUUCUAAAAAUUAGGUUGUGCUUAUCUCUUUUACUGUAUCUGCAGCUUUUAUAACCCUAAAUGGACUGAUUCCUCAAUUAUAAUUAGAGAAAUCAACUUAGAAAUUUUCGGUUUACGAAGUUUAGAAAAUAUUACUAAUUAGUUUGCAACCAGAAGCCAAUUAUUAUUAAUAAUCUCAUAAUAUUUUGGCAAUUCUGACACUGUCUGAUAAACACUCAUACAACUUGGUGAACCCUGAAAGAGGCAUAUAAGUUUAUCAAGAAUUAUUAUGUACAAGUUAUUUAUUUGGAAGGAGGCUAAGACUACUUCUUUAGGUUUAAAAGUAGUGCUUGAGAUCCUCCAUUAAUUCUGUUCAAGAUUCUGUGCGAUGAUAACUUUCGAUCAACUCUUCACUUAUGUUUCCAAGAUGAAACACUCUCACCCUUAAUUUUGCUUAGGAUAUGAGAGUAAUUCCAAGAUGAGCAGUUCUUGAGCUUCUUGAACUCAUUCAAGCGUUGUCCUCUGUUCUUGUGCUUAAUCUUCUCUACCAAUGACCCAAGCCUUGGUGUUGGGUGCAAAAUUGCAAUUUCUCCAUCAUCUUUGAUCUGUGGGAUCAUCAUUGAGCCUUCAGAGUUAUCUUUAUCAAACACCUUUUUUGUAGGUUUCACAUAGCCUUUGUCAGCUACAAGAACAUUGUCAUUGUUCUGCCAUUUGUAGACACUGUUCUUAGGUAGAGGCUCAUCUCAGUCAUCUGAGACAACACAUUGAGAGUCAUCC